GCAUCUAAAUUCACUUGGUUCCAAUCCAACACCCGAGGAAGCGAAACAAGAAACUGUUCUGACAUGGAAAGCAUAUCAAGAUAGAUAUCAGGUUGCUCUCUGAUAUUGCCCAAGGCAUGAUUUAAGGUUGUAUGGUUUGUACUUAAAAAAAUGGAGAGUUUACCGCUGGAAAUCUGCCUUAAGAUUUUCUGUUUCUUGGAUUACCAGGACCUUGCAAUUGCACAACAAGUUUGCAGGAAGUGGAAGUUGUUGGCCUCGGACAACAGCCUAUGGUCCAACCUAUUCAGGGAAAGAUGGGGAGGAGAUAGUGCUGUGUUCUAUGCCCCUAUAGGUUCAAGAUCAUGGAAAGAAGUGUAUGAGGUUCAAGAUCGCUGUCAUCGAUUUGGAUUGGGCCUGAAGAUAAUAAGAGAAGGUGGGGACUACUAUCUUGUUCAUCGAGGCGAAAUUCAACGCCAUCUGGGUUCAAGGAGACAAAGGAAAGGGGCAACUGGUUGUACUUUAAACACAAAAAGAGAUUUCAAUGGUGGAGGAUCACAAGAAGAGCAAUCCUGUAGAGGGAUUUUGGACAAAAUACUUUUCUUCAUUGGGGAUUUGGAAGUUGCCUCGACAGAUGCAAAGCGUGGCCGGGUGCUAUAAAUUGAUCUCAAGGUAUCAACUGACAAUGAAUUUAUUGUAAAAUCUCUGUAUGUAUUACAUAAUCUGGGACGUAAUUAAUUGGUGUGGUUUUAAUUAUCAAUUUAUAUGGAAGAUUCAUAGUUUA